CACUGACAGGACGAGUGAAGACACACCGGGCAUGAAGAUCUUGUCAUUUCAAACAUUAUUGGGGACAGAAUAGUCUCGGGAAAUCUCGGAUCAGUCGGAACAUUGUCAAUUGAGGCAAACCUGUCCAGAACCACCAACUCCCAAAAACAAACUCAGCCAGUAUUGCCCAGCCACAGCAUCUAACUAAAGAAUUUCCACUUCCUCGUGCAUUGAAGUCACUGGGAGGCGAAGUGAACAUUUGAUUUAAGUGGGAAUUAGGAUUUGCCGUUAAGUGAAAACCUGAGCAGCAAAACAUGCUUCAAACAGACUCGGAGUUCACUAGAACUCGAUGGAUCUGUACCGUCAUUGGACUGGGCUUUUACCUGGUGGACAUUGUGACAGACGUUGGACUAGCGGUGAAGUACUUCCUGGUUGGAGACCUGGUUUGGGCUGGGCUGACUUUACUGUUUGUGGUGGUUGGCUCAGCAGCCACACAGGUCUUCAGCUACACCUGGUACAGAGAUGACAUGAGGAACCCACUGGUUAAUCCUGGUGGAGACAAGCUAAUAUCUGGGAUGAACAGAGGAAGACUGAUUGGACUCCAUGUUUUGCAUCUGGGUAUCUUCACCAGGUACUACCACCUGUUGAAGACAGGAUACAUGGUGGUGUGGUUCAAGUCACCUGGGACUGCUGAAUUCUCCAGAGAGACCCACUUGGUCCUGUUUGGUCGGGCGACCGAUCUGAGCAUGCUCAAACUGUUUGAGACGUUCCUGGAGAGUGUCCCUCAGCUCCUCUUCCAGAUGUAUAUCCUGCUGGGCCAUGGACACAAGUCCACAAUACAAUGCAUCUGCAUGGUGGGCUCAUUCAUCAACAUCGCCUGGGCUAUAGUGGACUACCGUCGGUGUCUCCGUCGAUCCUUACCCCAGGUCCGAGAGAUGCCUUCUGGCCUUCCUACAUUCGUCUACCUCCUGUACAAGCUGUUGACCAUCACCGCUCACAUCCUCAGCCUCAGCCUCUUCCUCGUCCUCAGCCCCUACAGUACCCUGGGAAUGGCUGUCGUCUGGCUGGCCGGAACCCUCUGGGCCCAUUGGGUCCGUACUGACUUCUGCACGUCUAAAGGUCUAGAGAGGCUCUAUCGGAUAAUCGUGGGAGUCGUCCUCAUAUUCACCUUCUUUAACGUGAAAGGACAGGAUACCAGAUGGCAGAUGGCUGUGUACUACGUUCUCUUUGCGUUUGUGAACCUCUCUGGUCCUUUGCUGCUGGUUCUGGUGAGGCCAGAGGUUAACGCUACUGAGUACUUUUGGCCGGUGACUCUGCUGAUAUUUGGAGGGACCGUUCUAGGGCUGGCCUAUCUGCUUCUGUAUUAUACUGUCUAUCACCCCAGAGGGAGGAGUCUACAGGCAGAUGAGGUGGAUGGACACACGGGACAGGAGAGAGAACCAGAUACAAUGCUGAGAAUGAGGAACUUCCUACAACUCUGAGGCCCACCUUCCUAUUUACCACAUAUUCAAUGGAGGAGUUAAAAGGACAAUCAGGCAUUUGAAAAACAACAAAGGUGUCACCCAGACACGUUGUUUUGUUAAACAGCUAAGGGGGGUGGGUUGGAGAAAUGUAACUGCUAAGACAAACUCUGGUUGGUGGACUGUCUGGUUGGUAGAAUGUCUGGUUGGUAGACAGUCUAGUUGGUGGACUGUCUGGUUGGUAGACAGUCUAGUUGGUGAACAGUCUAGUUGGUAGACAGUCUGGUUGGUAGACUGUCUGGUUGGUGGACUGUCUGGUUGGUGGACUGUCUGGUUGGUAGACAGUAUG